UUGCAGUAUAAUCUACAUGGAAAUUAUUAACUGUAGAUGAAUUGUGAAAGUCACAAAAAUGUGGAAUAUUUUAUAAAGUUUAGCAACUAACUCUUAGUAGGGUAAAAUGAAGGUAUUAAUAGCAAAGCUUUACAGAAUAUCAGCUAAAAGUUUGCUAGCAAAGUACUCCUUAAAAACAGAGGACCAGCCCAUACAUCUAUCUGGAAGGAAGCUCUUUGGCAUCUUAAUCUGCUCUGAACCACAUAGAUUCCCCUGAAUUUUGCCUUUACAGGCAGUUCCAAAGGUUUUGUUGCUUGCUUCUUAAAGAUCUGACACAGCAAAUCCGUAUGAUUUUCUAUAGCACCUAAGUAUAUGUGCAGGGGCUGAAGGUGGGAGGAAAAAGCAAUACCUGCCUGCUUAUGGUGGUAUUCAUGUGGCUUCAACAUGAAUAUUCCCAUUGCAUGGUUUACUUUGACAGUGUGGGUUUUUAGGGUUUAGCUUGCCUUUUUAGGCUUGUUUCUAUUCAUGGGCAUCAAAGGAAGGAGAGCUUCCCAGGUGGGAAGCCAAAACUCUGGGAGCUGGUGGUUUUAUUUAUUUGUAAGCUCCAGAAAGACACACAAUCACUGUCAGUGGUGAUUAGAUUGCAAGAUAUGGUACAGGAAAAACAAUUUCAACCAGCAAUCAGACUCAUCUCUGGCUCCAACUGAUUUCCAGUGCUCCUGGCCAGCAAUGCCUGGCUGAAAGCUGUACAUAGAGGGGACAGGCUAACAGUGAGGUGGCUGCUGGUAGCAAGCUGAGGAGUUUCUAGGACAGGUAGUCAGUGUGGAUGGACCAAAGAGUUUCUUGACACUGAGUUUUGCUGCAGAUUGCUGCCACGUAUCCUGUCCCUUGCUCAGCAUUAAGGAGACCUGCAGCAGCGCAUGGGUUCCUCUUAGAAUUAAAGAUGAGUCACUUUAAGGUUGCUGGGUUUUCUUUCCUAUUGCUCCACUUCCUCUGUUUUCUGAAGAUAAAUAAGAAAUGAGAGCCUGGAAAUUCUCCUGAGAGGUCCUGCAGCUUGUUUGUUUUGUGAAAAUACUUCUUGCUAUCUUAUUUUGUUACACUUGUUAACCACAGCAGCAGCUUUCCCAUAAAACUUGCCCCAAGUAAACUAGCCACAGCUUUGAGAACGGAGCUGCAGAGCAGAGAAGAUCAUCUCAGAAACAUGAAGAUGAAGUACUUUCUUCUGCCAACUCAUUUAGCAUUUCUCUAUAGCUUUGCACUGAGUAAACCUGUCCAGAAAGCUACAAGAAACAGUGACUUAGGCAGUGAAAUAGCUGUGUAUGAAGGAGACAUCCUCCUGAGAAGAGGACGACGCAGUGCAAUUAACUGUGAGAGCUGUUUAUGGCCCAAAUCACAGGAUGGACUUGUCAAGGUCCCGAUUAACAUCUCUUCUGAUUUCUCCAUGACAGAGAGGUCUUGGAUUGCUGAUGCUCUGCAAGAGAUCUCCACGCUGACCUGUGUGCAGUUUGUAAACCGCACUACAGAAAAGGACUAUGUGUAUGUUGAACGUGGGCAGAGCUGCUGGUCCUACUUUGGGAAAAUUGGAGGACGUCAAGCAGUGGGCCUGGUGAAAAACGGGUGCAUGGAUAAAGGAGCAAUUCAGCAUGAAAUGAACCACGCGCUGGGUUUCAUCCAUGAACAGGCACGGAGUGAUCGGGACAGGUUCGUCAAGAUUAUGUGGGAACAUAUUGUGGCAGGGGAACAAGGGAACUUUGGGAAAGUGAAUUCCAAAAAUCUGGGCCUUCCCUAUGACUACUCUUCAGUGAUGCACUACGGAGCGUAUGAUUUCUCCAGCACUCCAGGGAAACAAACUAUUGUACCAGUUCCUGAUCCCUCUAUACCCAUUGGGCAGAGAGAAGGGCUGAGUAAUUUGGAUGUAGCUAAAAUCAACAGGCUCUACAAGUGCAAUUGCUGUAGCUCUGUGUUGUCUAAAUCCAAAGGCUUGUUCUCCUCUGUCAAUUACCCAUCCCCGUACCCGAACAAUAGCAACUGCCUCUGGUUGAUUCGCAUCCGUCGAAGUAAGAUUUUCCUGCAGUUUGAGGCUUUUGAUCUCCAGCCCUCCUCAGACUGUUCUUCUGACUAUAUAAAAGUUUACAAUGGAAACAGCAAGAAUUCCCCUGUCUUGCUGGACAAAUACUGUGGGAAGGGGCCACUGCCCUCCUUAGUGGCAUCUGGAUCGACAAUGCUGGUAGAGUUUGCAAGUGAUGAGAGCAUUACAGCCACAGGAUUCAGAGCCUCCUACAACAGGGUCAAUUGUGGAGAUACUUUCACAGACUCAAAUGGAAUCAUCACCUCUCCAAACUACCCCAAUAAAUACCCCAAAAACCGAGCAUGCUUCUGGGUCAUCAGUUCUCCGGUAGGAUACAAGAUAUCUCUCAAAAUGUUAUCCUUUGAGCUGGAAGAUAGUGACAGAUGCAUUUAUGACUACUUGCUUAUACAUGAUGGAAGCCGACCUACAUCACCUGCAGUUGGCCCCUAUUGUGGGACAGAGAAGGUUGCAGACUUUACUUCCACUGGGAACUUUGUGCUGGUUGAAUUUCACAGUGAUAUAGUUUGGGAGCUGCCAGGAUUUGUAAUCAGUUAUACAUUUGGCAGGUAGUACAAUACAGAUAGGAGUUGGAAAACACAGAAUGGAAGUAAGAGAGCAGCUAGCAACAGGUGAAAGUCAAGAUGCCACUAAUAUCAGCAAUACAUACAGCUCCCCGAUACCUUUGAAAAGCUCGAAGCUUGAUCUCUUAGUCUUCUGUCUACAGUGGUGUAAUUUGCAUGGGGAAUUAUGGACAAAAGUGUUCCUGUUUGUGGAAUGUCUGAGACUGGAAGCUUUUUGUUAUACUAUUUCCAUUGCUAGUGUUGCAUGGUGAAAUACAACAGCAGAACUGAAACUAUGUAAGCAGAUUUUCAAGACUUUCUAGUGAUAGAAACUGUACCCAUAAAAGAAUUCAGAAUACAACUAUGUAGUAACUUUAACCUGUAUUGUGACAAAUGUUACUACCCAACUCUAAUGUGUAUUCUAGUAUGCUUGCAGAAAAACCUUCAGACACAUGUUUAUGCUUUGAAGCCAAACUCAGUUAUACAGUUUGUAUAGCCCUUAGCUUAGCCUGGAAACCACCAAUUUACACUGAAGGAUGUCUGUACAGCACCUCAACUCAAAGAACUGCACUACUCCUCUGUGAGAUGAACCAGAUCAGGGAACAGAUUUAACCAAAGAAACAUCUAAGAGUGGGAGAAAGUAGAGGUGAGGGAGAGCAAACGGAACGAAGGACCUAUUGCUGAUAAUUUGCUGUGGUCUGACUCAGGUAUUGAAAUUGUCCAUAGGGUAUUACUAAAUAUUAAAAAGGAGGCCUGAAAAUGUAAUGUGAAGUCCCAUGGAGCAAAUAACUUUUGAGAACGCUUUAGGUGGGAAGUGCCUUGUCUGGAGAGAGAAAUCUUCUGCCUCUGAGAUGUCUGAAGAGAAAGAAAUCUGUAGACAGCCAACACUUUGCCUUGACUUGAUGUAUUCAGAACUAAAUGUGGCGAAACUGGAAGAUGCCAAAGUGUAAUAAAUAAAAGUUCUUGCUGCAAUUA